ACCCAGGAAGACUCUCUCCCUGUGUCUUAGCAGAGCCACAGGGUUGCCAGGGCUCCAGGGGCCUGCCAGGGGUGCAGGCAAGGACAGAGGCAGGCUCUGGGGUGGUCAAGCCACCCGAGCCAUCCUGGCCUGGCCCUGACUGCAGUGGCCCUGGAAGCCCAGAGGUUGAGGGUCCCUUGGGGUCCAGACCCCACCCUGCUGGGUGGCAGGUUGUUGCACCCACCGAGCCUUCAGAAUGGGGGUUGUCAGGGUCCUCCCUGGCCCAGCACAGUGGCUGCUCCACAGUAAGCCCCUGGCAGGUGUUUGCUGUGGCCGAUGGCCCUGCUGCCCCUUCACUGUGCCCUGUAGUUUUGCGGGUUUCCAGCAGCUCCAAGUGGGCUGUCUCUGCGUUCGGCUUGCCCAGAGCUGUCCUGACUCACGCUCCAUAAUCAGCAGCAUCCCUUUCAUUCCCAGAAGUGCCCAGUUAGACGACACAUUCCUUUUGCAACUGCCCUGUCCACUGUCUUGUUGGAUAAGCAGCCACAGAGGCCUUGGAGGUGGUGGUCCCAUGUGGCUGUGCUCGGAUGCCUGUUGAACUGAAGGGCCUGGUGGACAUUCUUGGGGGCUACUUUGGCUCAGAUGAGGACUCCAAGGCCCAGGGAGGGAAGAGACUCACCUGCGACAGACAGAGCAGGGCUGGGUGAUCUCCGCUUGGCACUGUGGGCUAGGCAGCCGUGGACAACACUGUAGGGCGAUGUGUGGUUUUCCAUGGUGCUGGCAGCAGCAGAGAUGGCAAGAUGGCUCUGUGGCAUAGACUGUAUUUGGCGUGGGCUGGGGACCCAGUAGCUGGUGACACCGGAUGAAACAGAUUGUGGCCAGACAGGGCUUGAUAGCAGAAGGCCCGGAUAGUGUCUGGGUGGGGAGUGACUUGGGGAGGAGAUGUGGGAAAGAUGGUGCUGGCAUCAUGUGUCUCAGGGAGGGAGGAGGAUAGUGCAGGAGGCUGUCCCAGCUCGGGGAGGGGCGGGGGUGGCUGGGAAUGGGAUGGAGUAACGGGAGAGGCUCUGGGAGGGAGGUGUCUGGGCUUCCGGCUUGGGCUCUGGGCCGAGGGGAGAUGGUCGUUGCCUUCUCAGAUCUGAUACAGCUGUGACGCACCGUGGUCCACUAAGAAUGGAAGAACACCGUUAACCUCUGUGCUAGCGAUUGCCUGGCGCAACCCAAUCUCAAAGCCAUUAAAGUAUGAGAAGGUUUUUUAGAGCUGACGGGCUGCAGUGUGAGUGCUGAGGCUCAAGCUGGUCCAUUCUUGAGGAAAUGUGUCUGAUGAUUAUUGUGAGCGAAAAACGGACGGAAAAUGGGGCGGGAGAUGUUUGGGAAGCUGGCCAGGUGGGCUGUAAUGCAGGGUGUGAGCAGUAGUCACCAUCCUUCCAGACUCGGGCCUCCCAGCGGGGCCCUCGAGGCCACUGGGCCUGUUUAGGUGUCCCUGGCACUUUUCCAGGCGUGCCGUUCUCCCCAGCCCGCUGGUCACCUGGCCCCCCUGUGCCUGCCUCUGUCCUGGCACCACUCAGCGCGUUCCCCUGGUGGUAAACAUGCUCAGGUUUCCCUGUGCUUGGCCAGACGCGCCCGGUUGGCCCAGGCCUCGGGCCUCCCCUCCCGGCCAGCCGUGGCAGACAGGCUGUUGGCUGAGGGUCCCACUUCCUCCCCUCGCUCCACUGAGACUGCUCAUGCUAGGUCAGUGGGGGUUUUGUCAUGCCGGUCCAGUGUCCCUUCUCCAUCCAGGUCUUCCUCGACUCCAGCUGCCCCCGUGGACUUCUCCCCACCUCGUUCUCCCUCCCUGUACACUCUGUGGCUCGGCCCUUGUCCGCCAUGUCCCGCAGCCGCAAGUCCCUGAGCUUCUGUCUUCAGUCCUUUUGGGCCGCUCCCUUUGCUCAGUGUUAGCGGCCUGGUCACCCGCUGUUGCCAAGGCUCAUGCUCGCCCUGUCAUCUUCCGUGGCAGAAGUGGGCCCAGUGUGUACAACCCUUUCGGGUCUCUUCCCUCUGGCCACUGAUGAGUGCUACUUCUCUGGGUGCUCCUGUGCACCUGUUGGCGGCCACAUGCCUAGGACUGGAAUGGCUCUUGUGGGGCCUGUGUAUUUAUUAGGGGUCAGCAUGAGGGGCCUGGCUCCUUAAAGGAGCCCCAGGAGGUGAUGAGAGUGAGCGAGCACAGCCUGCUGUCCCUCUGUCCCAGGGGAGCAGCAGGCCCGGCUUCUCAGGAAGCUGGUACGGUCAGUAGAAGCCUCGGUGUCCCUAGGUCUCGGAAGGGUCAGGGCAGGGCCAGCACAAGGUCCUGGGGAGAAUGGCCUGUGGAGGCAGAAGACAGAGGGUUUGGAGGUUCCUCGUGUCUAGGACAAGCUGGUAGGACACCGGCCUGUGAAGUUGGGCCUGGCUGAGUGUGACCUCCCCCAUCGAGGUUGCCAGUGGCUUUUUAAAAAGUCAUUUUACUUGUUCCUCAAGUCCUGAGGACGUGAGAACCUGUGGGUGUCCGGCACCUGACCAAGAUGCUUCCUGGCCCACUCUCUGGGGUACCAGCAGCCCCUUACCUGAUGUAGCACAUCCACUGGGCGGGCGCUGGGUGACAAGUGCCCCACUCCACGGCUUACAGCCUGCGGGGGACACUCACCUCUGAGGACGGCUCAGCUCUACUGGCAGUUAACAAGCCCCAGCCUGGCGUCCGCCUAGGUCUGGAGCUGGUGUGAGCUCAGCUAGCUCCUGGUCUGGUUGGGAAGCCCAGCUGGCGGCAGCGGGGCAGGUGCCCAGCGUGGAGACCAAGUGCUCCAGGGGCCCAGGGCGCAGGCCUUGGGGCUGCACGGGCCGAGGGGGGCCAGUGAGGCUCCCGGCGAGCCACAGAGCCAGUGUGCAGACAGGGUGCCGGGCUCCAGGCUUGGCUUGGGCCUGAAGCUGAGCCAGGAACGCAGGCAGCCCCUGGAGGCUAUGGCCAGAGCAGGUGGAAGCAGAGGCUGCCCUGGGAGGAGAGGCCCCAGCGUGGGCAAGGCUGAGAAGGUGGGUGCCCUGAAGGAGUGGCCGCCCAGGUCCCAGAGGACAGGCUGCAGGACAGCAGGGAGCCUGGCCAUGAGGAGGGGCCGCCCAGCAUAGGUCCUCCGGGUGCCUCCCUCCUGUUGCGUAAUUGGAGCUUCCUGCCUCACCCCACUGCUGGCAGCCCCACGAAAUGGGUGUCCCGAGGGCUUUCCCUCUGUACUCUGGUGUUUGUGGGGCUGGUGCGUGGGCAGGGGAACCAUGUGCAGCGAAACUCCCCAAGCCCAAGAAAGGAGAAGUCCUUUUGCAAGGAGCUGGGCCCCUAGCCUGGGAGGGGCACAGGGUUCCAUGUGCCUCCAGGAAGCUGCCUUUACGCUUUUUUGUUGUUCUUACCUCAGUCCGAGUGCUGCGUUGACCUGUGCAGGUGUUUAAACGCGGAGGUUGCCGAGGCCGAGGGCAUCCGGCAGCGGAGCAGGAGGAUCAGACACCCCAGCGAUGACCAGCUCCCCUGUCUCCAGAGUUGUCUACAACGGCAAGAGGAACAGCAGCCCCCGCUCCCCCCCCAGCAGCAGCGAGAUCUUCACCCCAGCCCAUGAGGAGAAUGUGCGCUUCAUCUACGAAGCCUGGCAGGGUGUGGAGCGAGACCUGCGCAGCCAGAUGUCAGGCAGCGAGAGGGGCCUGGUGGAGGAGUACGUGGAGAAGGUCCCUAACCCCAGCCUGAAGACCUUCAAGCCCAUCGACCUGAGCGACCUGAAGCGCCGGAACACGCAGGACGCCAAGAAGUCCUAGAGCGCCGGGCCCUCCCCUGGCCUCUGGGAGAUCUGGGUGCCGCCUGCUGCCGGGACCUCCUCUCCUGUGGGCCCAGCUCCUGGGAGGGGAGGAGGCCUUGCUCCCAGUGGGCUGAAAACCCCAGGACUAGGACAGGCAAGAUUGACGGCCGAGGCCUUCCCCUCCUCCCCAGGCUCCCUCCUUUUCUCUUGGGGGAUCUCAAGCUGCCCCUGUCACUAGGAGGGCUUGGCCUUGCCAGCCCCUGCCCUCCCCUGGGCCUGGUGCAUCUUUGGAGCUGCCUGGGCCUGCCUGCCCCCCAGGGCCUUGACCCUGAGCUCCCUCCCCUUUCCCACCACCUUUCCCUGCCCCUACCCCCUACCCCUGGCCACUUGUAGGAUCAGGAAGGAGAUGAAGGGGCCUCUGUUGUCUUCUGUGCUGGUGGGAGUGGGCUGGGUUUGUCCCUGAGGUGUCCAGAAGACAGGACAAGGGCUAUCCCACCCGAGCCCCACGUGGGUUCCCCACUGACCCUUGCUGCUUCUCUGGCCUGGACACAGGGAGCAUCUGGCCCCCCCAGCCCCCUGUCCAGCUGGGCCCCUUCCUUCCCUGUGUCAACUUCAGGAUGGCACCAGAUCUCCCAGCCGGGGACACUGCUAGGCACCCCCUCCAAGGGUCCUGGGCAGCCAGGCCCGGCCCUGCCUUGGGAAGGGCAUGGGGCUGCCCUGAGCUGGUGAGGCCACCCAGUGUGUCCUGCUCUGUACAGUGAGCUGGGAGGAUUUUCAGGGCCACUUGUUCUUCCUGUGCCCUCCAAAUCCAAGUGUCUGUGACUGGAACCUGAGGACCAGUGAAUAAAGGCGAGAUGGCAUUGG